CUGAUUCGUCCCGUUAAUUUUAACUUUUUCUCGUCAAUAUGGCUAAAUUCGUGAGUACUUAUGAGAAACCUUUGCCUCACAUCAGUCUGCCCGAUUGGUAUGCUACGCAAUGGGAGCUUCGACAAUCCUCAGACGCUCAGAGAUCCGAAGCUCAUAGACUACGCGACUUCAGCAAAUCUGUGCGUCUUGAGACGGACGUAAGGACCAAGUGGGACAUUAAUAUAAAUAAUGAUCGACUGGCGGAUAGAGUCACAGAAUUGUCAAAAUGGAAAAACGAUCUUGAGGACUUGACGCAACAGUUACUAUUCGAGAUACAUUCACUGAGCGACGAGAAGACUAACGCAGAAAGAGAAAUAGAGAACAUGAGCAAUCUUCUUCAAGUAGUCAGCGAAUGUAUCUCGACGAGGGACCGUCGUAGGAGAACCGAACUUACGUACGACGAGACCGAUAUUCAGCUAAAAAAGGAACUUUGCAUGGUCGCAAAUAUUAAAGACGCCUUGACCAAAAGAGUACAAACCGCGUGGGAGAAGCUGAACAGUUUAGAAAGCGUCAAGUUUGACCUGAGUGUGGACACACAGGACAAGAAUGAGACAAUCAAAAUAGACAAAGAAAAUCUCGAGUUGGAUCGCACUUGUGCGAACAUAAGUUACAAACCGAUUGGCGAGAAAACGCACUCGAUCACUUACACGACUUGGUUGGACCGAUGUCGUGGUAUUAAAGCAUUAGCCGAUGAUAAGUUGAGCGACUCUUACAGUUUCCGUGAGACUACGCGCGUAAUGCGAGAACACUCGUGGAAUGACAUUAGAGCUCAACAAGAUGCGACAGAUUAUACUUUGAGAAAGAGGAUCUAUCAGACGCAAAAGGCCAGAAAUGAAUUGGACUGGCAGAAGCUCAAAGUGCAGAAGGAAAUGGAGGUGUUGAAGAAGGAAAUAACUCGGCUGGAAGGGGCGUUGACGAGCAAAAUAGACGUGGUGAAGUGUGCACAGACGCGUUUAGAAAAUCGCGCUUAUCGACCCGGAUACGAGCUCUGUAAGGAUGAUGUUGAAACUGGUUUGUGGAGUGAGGUUCUGCAAUUGAAACAGACCAAGGAAAACUUGAAUGGAGCUAUCGAGAGUGCAAAAACGAGCUACAACAGCCUGGAAUCUUUGCUUACGCGUAUCGAUCAUGAUCUGGACGACAAACAGCACUCCAUGAACAUCGACAUCAUGUGCUUGGACUCGAGGUCAAUACUGAAGACAGGCGACAGGGCGCGUUUGUCUAACGAAACCGACCGUAACAUCGUGUUAACGCGCAUGGAAAAAGAGCUGCCACUGGAAUCUUAAGUCCAGCGCGCGACAAUCCAAAUGAUUUUAAGAAGUUCAAUUAUGAAUUUGAUGUCGUUAACACGUUCAAUAGCCUGCUGAUAUAUUACAUAUGCCCUCUUCAAUGGCAAUGGCAUCUCGUUAUCGUCCACUGUGGAUGCUGAAUUAUCCUCCUGGUUCUCAGCAUUUUC